AGUGCUAUGCAUGAAUUGGGUGCGUGUGUAUGUGGUGUCUGACUGAUGAGGGGUGUGUGUGUGGAGAAUUAAUAAUUAAUGGCUUAAACUAUUGAGGUCGAAUGUAUGCUAAGAAAGCGUUGGACUUUCACCUACCCUGUUCCUGGAUAAAACUAUAUAUGUGAAUAUUCCCGAUUUGCUAAUUCAGUUGUCAUGCCAAUGCGGAAACUGUGUGACCUGAAAUGGUCAGAUUGUUGCAGGAAUGACAGAGCUUUUUGAAGGACUGCCUGGAACUGAAAACGUGUCAUAGGAGUGCCAUCUGCAUGAACGAGCUAUGUAUUAGUAGGGGUGGGCUAAGCUGUAAAUCUGCCUUAAUUGGUAGUGUUGGACAGAAAUUGGUGUCCGGAAGUUAGAUAAUUUGGCAAAUUAGGGGCUUGCCGGUUUGGUUGGUCUUGAACCUAAUGUAAUGAUACUGACAAUUGACCUAGCUGGUUUUGAGAAACGUGUGAAAUCAGCAAUGACAAAACUUCACUGACUCUGAGCAAACCGUAAAAUGCCAAUGAAAAGGCUGCUGAAAAAAGACAUGAUUCAAAAGGCGAGCGACAGACGGAUGUUAAGGCAUGAAUAAUUUUAACAAAUAACUGAUAUGAUAUAGGACGUCUGAUAUCUUUGUUGACGCCUACAGACCGCUUGACACCUUCUAGAGCUUUUGUGAUAAUGAAUGCGUUGGUAGUAUCUUGGAAACCCUGGAAUUUAUGUUGAUAAACAAUUGCACUCAAGUGCAAACAAAUGGUCAUAUAGAUAUGUAAGCUGAUUUAGUGACAAAUAAGCAAUGUAAUGCAGCAGCUGAUCGACAGGGACAGGCCAUGUGCUGGUGGAACCAUACAGUAAAGUGAACUGUUUAAACUUGGUUAAAGCUGCAUUGUAUGCCAGGUGAGUGUUGUGAUCCAGUGACCUGUUAAGAAGUCUAGAUGAGUCGCAUAUGUGGGCUGGUAGUGGUGUAGGCCACUGGUCUGCAUCUCGUGCAAGCCUUUGAAAACGAGUUCACUGUGAACAAGAAAAUGAAUCCGCAAUGUGAUUGGCCUAAGUAUUAAUAUGAGCUAAGCAGCCAGACAAGGUCACAAUGGACUCUAUGCCUCAUCUAUUUGUGGCCGCCAUCGACCUCGGGACCACGUAUUCUGGAGUUGGGUUCUCUUCCAGAGAUUCCUUCACUAAAGACCCAACAAACGUCUAUCUGAAGAGCUGGCAUGGUAUUAUGGUAACAAGUAAGGCUCCCACUGCCGUGUUAUUCCAUCAUCAAAAGUUUGUUAGCUUUGGUUACGAAGCGGAGGAUAAAUACACCGAACUUCUGCUUGACGGUGAAGCAGAAUGCUGGAACUUCUUCACCAAAUUCAAAAUGUCCCUCUACGAGCAGCAGACUUCAUUGGACGCUUUGGAGCUGGAAGCUGAAAAUGGUAACAAGAUGUCAGCUUUAACAGUUUUCUCUGCAGCCAUAAGAUAUUUGUGGGAGCAGAUAAUGAACGCAAUCGUCAAACAAGUUUCCUAUGUAACCUGUGAAGACGUAAAGUGGGUGAUCACUGUACCCGCCAUUUGGACUCAGCCUGCAAAAUCAUUCAUGAGAAAAGCAGCCACCCUAGCAGGUUUGGAAUCAAAGAUGCUCACGAUAGCGCUUGAACCUGAAGCAGCAGCCAUAUUUCUCAAACACUUGCCGUUACAGAAAAAAAAGUUUGGAGAAAUUGGAGACACGUUUAGAGCCUUCUCACCCGGAUCAAAGUACAUCAUUGUCGACGCAGGGGGAGGGACAAUGGAUAUUACAACCCAUGGAGUUCUUGAAGAUGGAAGUGUUAGAGAGUUGAUUCAAUCAUCCGGGGGCGAUUGGGGAGGAACCAACGUUGACGACAACAUCAUGGAAUUUUUGGAGGAUCUUCUGGGAAGUAAGACCAUGUCGACACUAAGAACUGAUCAUCAGCUGGACUUUCUAGAACUUAAACGCAACAUUGAAACAGCCAAAUUAAGUAUAAGCACUCAAUCCAAGAGGAAAAUGACUAUCAUCAUUCCAGCUGUUCUUCACGAUUUGUUCAAGGAAAAUCAUGAUGGUAUGGAACUGUCAUCUGUGAAAAGCGCUAAACUUAGAGAAGGAAAAACAGUAGACAUAUCAUUAAGCAAGGGUAAACUGAAAUUAGAUUAUGAAAUUGCUUGCUCUUUCUUUGAGGGUGUAAUCAAUUCUAUAUGUAGCCAUUUAAAGCAUAUUUUUCAGCAGUGCUCUGAAUUCGAAGUCGACAUUCUGAUUAUGGUCGGUGGUUUCUCAAAUUCUACUAUUCUAAGUCAUGGAGUCGUUAAGGAAUUUUCAGACAAACAUGUGAUUGUUCCAGAGGACGCCGAUUGGUCGGUACUGAAGGGAGCAGUUAUUUUUGGUCAUGAUCCUUGGUUGAUCAAAGAAAGACGAAGCAGAUACACUUACGGUGUGAAAUGUAAACAGAUAUUCAAGGAUGACAUACAUGAUCCUGCAAAAAGAGUGGAGGAAAAUGGCAAGGUAUUCUGUCGAAAUCUCUUCAGUAAACAUGUGGAAAUCGGUGAGCUCAUCACUGUAGGAGAAUAUCAGACUAAGAAGAAGUAUCGAGUCUCUCACGACACAACGUCAAAACUAGAAUUAUAUGCUUCGCGAGAUCCUGAUCCAAAAUACGUUACGGAUGAAGGUUGCUUCAAGAUUGGAGAGCUGAAAUUAAGUAGUCCAGACUUAGAAGUCGGGAGUAAAUCUUGUGUUCAAUUGUCCUUCAGUCAAACUGAAAUCGAGGCUAAAAUGAGCCAUAGAAAAUCAGGGGAGACAACAGCAUUGUACCUCGAAACAAAUUUUUGAGGAACUACACAUGUAUAUUACUUUCUAAUUUGACAUACCAGUGAGGUUUAGUGAGCACCACGUUUUAACAGAAACAUAAUUUUAGCUUUUAUUCCUCUCCAUGAAGUUUUCUAUACAAUUAAUCACUAAUGAAGGACAACCUGUUCAACGCAUCCAUUGAUCACUCGAUCACAUCUAUUGUGGUAGUAACCCUCAACGUCUUACAUACAAAUUAUCAUAAUGAAAUAAUAAAAUAC